AUGGCGCAUUGUGCCGAGAAAACUGGUUUGUCGGCAUCGACCCCUCCUUCAAAGAAUGUCGCCACCCUGUACGGAGGAGGUGAGGAGAAAUAUGGAUUAAAGCCGGUCCUGAACGACAUCAAUCUCAACGUUUUUGGCAAGCAAAUCACGGUGGUCUUCUCACCGCCCGACUCUGGCAAGACGACCAUGAUGAAGCUGAUCACGGGCUGUCUGGCGCCGGACAACGGCGCCAUCACCGUCGGCUCCUGCGACGUCGCGAACAACGCGGAGGGUGCGCGGAGAGUGCUCGCCUACUGCCCCUACAACGGCACUCUGUUCGACGACCUCACCGUGGAGGAGCACCUGACCUUCUUCGGAACGGCAAAAGGAGGCUUCGGGGACCAGGUGCGUCGCGAUGUGAGCCGCCUGAUGCGCGACACGGGCCUCUCCCGGUACCGCGGCUGGUACGUGGACCAGCUCAGCCCGGCACAGCAGCGCCUCCUCAGCGCCGCCACCGCCAUGAUGCCUUACGCAGAGGUGGAGAUGAUAGUGAUGGACGAGCCGACUCGCAACAUGGACCCUAGUAGUCGUCGCGAGCUGUGGGAGGUGUUGUUAAAGCUACGGCGCGAGAGAGGCGUUUUCCUCACCACGAGCGACUACGCCGAGGCCGAGGCCUUGGCCGACCGCAUUGUGGUCCUCAACCGAGGAACGAUCUUCUGCGCCGGCUCGCCUGAGUACAUCAAGAGCCAGUUCGGCAUGGGAUACCUGCUCCGUCUGGAAAAAGGUCGCGGGUACCGGGCGGCUGCCGUGGACGCGCUCAUCUACAAGCAGGCGCCGGCGGCCGGGAAGGCUGAGGAGAACGCCUCGAGCGUCGUCUAUCGCCUCACCGGCUUCUCGGAUCUGCUCGCCAGCCUCAUGCGCGACAUCCUGUACGACCUCGAGAAGAGCAAGCGCACAUUGGGCGUCGCUCGGAUCGGCAUCAAGGUCACCACGAUGGAGGACGUGCUGCAAGGCAUCAGCGACAGGCGCUCCACGCCGUCUUCCCGAGACCAGAGCGUCUUCUCGCGCAAGGGUGAGGCCCCAUCGUCGAAAGAACCGAGCGUGGUGGCAGCCAAGGCCGACGUCGGGUGGCUCCUGCCAGUCUCCGCCGGCGGCAUGGCGGCCCUGAAGAUGCUGCGCGGCCGCAGCCGCGACGAUCCGUCGUCGGUGUCCACAGUGCGCGCGCUGAUGCACAAGCGGCUGCUCGACUGGACCCGCUCGGUGGCGCUGCGCUCGCCGUACUGGCUGCUGCCCAGCGCGCUCCUCCUGCUCGGCGGCUACUGCGAGAAUGCCCUGCUGGCCAGCGUGCCCACUUUGCGCACCACGCUCACCUACGACGUGCAGGAAAUUGUGGGGCCCGCCAUCGGCUUCUGCGGGGCCACCCAGAACGGCAGCUUGCGGGCAUUGGUGAUGCAGCGUGUGUGUCCCCUGCUGGAAGGGAGCGGCGUCCGACUGCGCAGCAUCGACCUGACCCAGGUGGAGUCGCAGCUGCUCUCCCUGGCCGCCGACGACGUCCGCGAUUACGUGUUCCGGUACACGAUGGGCGUGGUCACCACCGACCGCGAACGCAGGUUCGCGCUUUGGUUCAAUGGCCAGAAUCCACACUCUGCUCUGCUGGCCCUGAACCUUCUGCACAUAGCGCUGCUUCGCGACAUCACCGGUGACCCAGAGUCCUUCGUGCGGCUCACCAACACUCCUGACAACUUCCAGGCCGUGGAGUCUGAGGACACGCUGCUGAACUUCUUCCGCGAGUUCGAGCUGUCGAGAGUGCGCCGCGAGAGCGCAGGCUACGUGGUGCACGCGGUGUUGGUGCGCGUGCUGUGCGCCGUGUUCCUGCCCGCGGCGCUGUGCUACCACGCGGCGCACUUCGUGCUGCCCGUGCUGGUGGAGCGCAUGUCGGCCGCCAAGCACCUGCAGCUCAUGGCCGGGCUGUCGGGUGCCGUCUACUGGCUCGGCCACUUGCUCUUCGACGUGCUCCUCUGCGUCGCGCAUGCACUCCUCUUCACCGCAGCGGCCGUCGCCUUCCGCUCGUUCCUCGGAUGGCCCUACAUCCGCGUGUUCGGCGCACUUCUGACGACCGCGGCCGACAUGCUGGCGUUCUCGGCGAGCCCUCCGACGCUGCAGGUGUUGAUCGAGAUCGUGAUGACUGUGCCCAUCCGGUGGCUGCCCACUUACAUCGUCACCAGGGGAUUCACCAAGCUGAUCCUGCUACACAAAGAGAGCCUGAUAUGCGCAGAAGGUGGUCUCCUGCUGAAGCGCUACUGCGAGAAGAACUUCCUGCGCUUCACGACUAGCCUGGCACAGUGCUGCCCGCAGUAUGGAGAGCCCCACCCCAAGCGCGAGCAUCGCAGCGUCGAUGAGCCCCUGAGCGCGAGCUUCCACUCGGGCUUCUUCGAGCUGUCGGCGCUAUUCCUGGAGGCGUGCUUUUGCUUCGCCGCGGCCGCCUUCCUGGACUCGGACCUGCUGCAGCGCCUCUGGUCCCACCUGGAAACGGGCCGCGAAUCCUACGAGUACGCGCAGCCCACCGUCGACGCCGACGUGCGCAAGGAACGCAAGCUGGUCGACGACAUCUGUAACCAGCGCGCCUUCGCCCAACACGCGCUCGUCGUACACUGCUUGAGCAAAGCGUACGGCUUCCUGCAGCCCCGGCUUGCCGUCGACGACGUCAGCUUCGCCUUGCGCCGUGGCGAAUGCUUGGGCCUCGUCGGCGUCCUCGGCACGGGCAAGUCCACGCUUCUGGGCGUGCUCGGUGGAGAGCUGUUCCCUUCGUCCGGCGACGCUUACAUGAGCUCGCUGUCGCUCACGCGCCACUACCGACAGUGGAUGCAGAGCGUCGGCUACGUCCCCUACGAUUGGGGCCUCGUGGACGGGCUCACUGGACGCGAGAUGAUAUGCGUGCUCGCCACGCUUCGAGGCGUGCAGGAUGUGCCCCGGACCACGGCCUGUGCGCUGCGGGUUGUCGAGCUGGCCGAACCAGACGCGCCCAUCGCGUCGUACGGCGCGGGCGCCAAGACACAGCUCUCUCUGGCCUUGGCACUUAUGUCCCUUCCCAGAGUAUACCUGCUCGACUUGCCGGAGCUGGACGCGCCUUCGCGCAUCGUGGUGCGCCGCGUCCUGGAACUCCUGCGGCCCACGAGCAGUGUUGUGCUGACGUGCGAGCACUUGCACCACUUCGAAGGUGUCUGCGACCGCAUCGCCAUCCUGGUAGCAGGGCGCAUCGAGUGCCUCGGCUCGCUGAAGGAUCUGAGCGAUAAGUAUUGCCGCGGCACGACCAUCGUCAUAUACACGUACCCUGACCGCAAGUACGACGUGGACCACCAGCGCUUCAUCGCAAUCGAAAUGAUUGAACACUUCCCGACGUGCACGCUGGAGCGUUGCUACGAGGGUCAGCUCGAGUUUCGCAUCGCCGAGACGCAGGCCAGCCUCGGCGAGAUGUUCGACCGCUUGCUGUACAUCAAGCGGAGACGCAAGUUCCACCUUUUCUACGUCAGCGACACCACCAUGGACCAGAUAUUCGCCAGCCUGGGCCGAAAGCACGCCGGCCUACAGUGCACUCGUGUGGUGUCGCACGUUCAUCUGGGCGCCACGCGUGUGGUGGCGCACGUUCGGCGGGGCGAGCACGACACGAGUGCGCGUCACCGUGCCACCGCGGGAUCGACGGUGGAGCGCGGUGUGAUCCCAUCGAGCAGCGCGCGGCAGCAGACGACGAAAAGCGGGCCGCUCAAUUCAGGCGCCAUUUUGGAACAGGCGGUGGCGAUGGAAGCCGCGUCUCUGCAUGACUAG